CAGCCCGCGGCGUCAUGCCCGCGCGCCCCCGCAGCCGGGGGUGCAUGUGAAGCCUCGGAGUCUUUGCGCCGGCCAGGAUCCCAAGACCACUUUCUGGAGUCCCUCCCCGAGCUCGUCGCUUGCUCCAUCCCGACUCACUGCAGGCUCCAGGACAGCGUAGAUCGCGGAGGAGCGUUGCCAUUCAAGUGGUGGCAGCAGUGGCAGCAGCAGCAAGUCCAGCAGCCAGCCCAGCCGCCACCGCAGCGCCCUGGGUCCUGAGCCCCCUGAGGGCUGAAGGCAUUGUAGGCUGCAGUCCAUGCUCCUGGAGGAAGUGUGCAGAUGGGAUUAACGUCCACAUGGAGAUAUGGAAGAGGACCGGGGAUUGGCACCGUAACCAUGGUCAGCUGGGGUCGCUUCAUCUGCCUGGUUGUGAUCACCAUGGCAACCUUGUCCCUGGCCCGGCCCUCCUUCAAUUUAGUUGAAGAUACCACAUUAGAGCCGGAAGAGCCACCAACCAAAUACCAAAUCUCUCAACCAGAAGUUUACGUGGCUGCGCCAGGGGAGUCGCUAGAAUUGCGCUGCCUGUUGAAAGAUGCCACCGUGAUCAGUUGGACUAAGGAUGGGGUACACUUGGGGCCCAACAAUAGGACAGUGCUUAUUGGGGAAUACUUGCAGAUAAAAGGCGCCACACCUAGAGACUCCGGCCUCUAUGCUUGUACUGCCUCUAGGACUGUAGACAGUGAGACUUGGUACUUCAUGGUGAAUGUCACAGAUGCCAUCUCAUCCGGAGAUGACGAGGACGACACAGAUGGCUCUGAAGAUUUUGUCAGUGAGAACAGUAACAACAAGAGAGCACCGUAUUGGACCAACACGGAAAAGAUGGAAAAACGGCUACACGCUGUCCCUGCAGCCAACACGGUCAAGUUCCGCUGCCCCGCUGGGGGCAACCCAACCCCGACCAUGAGGUGGCUAAAAAACGGGAAGGAAUUUAAGCAGGAACAUCGCAUUGGAGGCUAUAAGGUACGAAACCAGCACUGGAGCCUUAUUAUGGAAAGUGUGGUCCCAUCUGACAAAGGCAAUUAUACCUGCGUGGUAGAGAACGAAUAUGGCUCCAUCAAUCACACGUACCACCUCGAUGUUGUUGAACGAUCGCCACACAGACCUAUCCUCCAAGCUGGACUGCCAGCCAAUGUCUCCACGGUUGUCGGAGGGGACGUGGAAUUUGUCUGCAAAGUUUACAGUGACGCUCAGCCUCACAUCCAGUGGAUCAAACAUGUGGAAAAGAACGGCAGUAAAUAUGGGCCUGAUGGGCUGCCCUACCUCAAGGUUCUGAAGCACUCGGGGAUAAAUAGUUCCAAUGCAGAAGUGCUGGCUCUGUUCAAUGUGACUGAGGCGGAUGCUGGGGAGUAUAUAUGUAAGGUCUCCAAUUAUAUAGGGCAGGCCAACCAGUCUGCCUGGCUCACUGUCCUGCCAAAACAGCAAGCUCCUGUAAGAGAAAAGGAGAUUACACCUUCCCCAGAUUAUCUGGAGAUAGCCAUUUACUGCAUAGGGGUCUUCUUAAUCGCCUGUAUGGUGGUGACAGUCAUCGUGUGCCGAAUGAAGACCACGACCAAGAAGCCAGACUUCAGCAGCCAGCCGGCUGUGCACAAGCUGACCAAGCGCAUCCCCCUGCGGAGACAGGUAACAGUUUCUGCUGAGUCUAGCUCCUCCAUGAACUCCAACACCCCACUGGUGAGGAUAACAACACGUCUCUCCUCAACAGCAGACACCCCAAUGCUGGCUGGGGUCUCUGAGUAUGAACUGCCAGAGGAUCCAAAAUGGGAGUUCCCCAGAGAUAAGCUGACGCUGGGCAAACCCCUUGGGGAAGGUUGCUUCGGGCAAGUGGUCAUGGCGGAAGCAGUGGGAAUCGAUAAAGACAAGCCCAAGGAGGCAGUCACCGUGGCAGUGAAGAUGCUGAAAGAUGAUGCCACGGAGAAAGAUCUUUCUGAUCUAGUGUCAGAGAUGGAGAUGAUGAAGAUGAUUGGAAAACACAAAAAUAUCAUCAAUCUUCUAGGAGCCUGCACACAGGAUGGGCCCCUCUAUGUCAUAGUUGAAUAUGCCUCCAAAGGCAACCUCCGGGAAUACCUUCGCGCACGGAGGCCUCCAGGCAUGGAAUACUCCUAUGAUAUUAACCGUGUUCCUGAGGAACAGAUGACCUUUAAGGACUUGGUGUCGUGCACCUACCAGCUGGCCAGAGGCAUGGAGUACUUGGCUUCCCAAAAAUGCAUUCAUCGAGAUUUAGCAGCCAGAAAUGUUUUGGUUACAGAAAACAAUGUGAUGAAAAUAGCAGACUUUGGACUGGCCAGAGACAUCAACAAUAUAGACUAUUACAAAAAGACAACAAAUGGGCGUCUUCCAGUGAAAUGGAUGGCUCCCGAAGCCCUUUUCGAUAGAGUGUACACACAUCAGAGUGACGUCUGGUCCUUUGGGGUGUUAAUGUGGGAGAUCUUCACUUUAGGGGGCUCGCCUUACCCAGGGAUUCCCGUGGAGGAACUUUUUAAGCUGCUAAAGGAAGGACACAGGAUGGAUAAGCCAGCCAACUGCACCAAUGAGCUGUACAUGAUGAUGAGAGACUGCUGGCACGCAGUGCCCUCGCAGAGACCAACGUUCAAGCAGUUGGUAGAAGACCUGGACCGAAUUCUUACUCUCACAACCAAUGAGGAAUACUUGGACCUCAGUCAGCCUCUCGAACCGUACUCACCUUGUUAUCCUGACCUGAGAUGAAAUAAAACAUCUCUCUUCCCUUCUUUCAGGAAUACUUGGACCUCAGUCAGCCUCUGGAACAGUACUCACCUAGUUCCCCUGACACAAGGAGUUCUUGUUCUUCAGGAGAUGACUCUGUGUUUUCUCCGGACCCCAUGCCUUAUGAACCCUGCCUGCCUCAGUUUCCACACAUAAAUGGCAGUGUUAAAACAUGAAUGAAUGUGUCUUCCUGUCCCCAAAAAGGACAGUGUCAGGAACCUACCUACACUGAGCUGGGAGGCCAUGCCUCCAAGAGCUUGUUGUCUCUGCUUGUAUAUAUGGAUCAGAGGAGUAAAUAAUUGGAAAAGUAAUCGGCACAUGUGUAAAGAUUCGUAUGUUGGAAACUUGUCAUCUUCACCCGGAGAAGAAUAUUUCUGGAGCAAUGGACAGCCACAAGCCACCAUGUCACCCUCUGACUCCCCCUGGGUACUGGCUGUGCCCCAGUUGGACUCAAGGCAGACACAUUCUGCCUUCCUUGUUAAUUUUGUAAUAAUUGGAGAAAAUAUAUGUCAGCACACACUUACAGAGCACAAAUGCAGUAUAUAGGUGCUGGAUGUAUGUAAAUAUAUUCAAAUUAUGUAUAAAUAUAUAUUAUAUAUUUACAAGGAAUUAUUUUUUGUAUUGAUUUUAAAUGGAUGUCCCAAUGCACCUAAAAAAUUGGUCUCUCUUUUUUUAAAUAGCUGUUUGCUAAAUGCUGUUCUUAAACAGAAUUUCUUAAUUUUCACCGAGCAGAGGUGGGAAAAAUACUUUUUGCUUUCAGGGAAAAUGGUAUAACAUUAAUUUAUUAAUGAAUUGGUAAUAUACAAAACAAUUAAUCAUAGGUUUUUUUUUUGUAAUUUAAGUGGCAUUUCUAGGCAGGCAGCACAGUGAACUAGUUAAUCUAUUGCUUGGACUUAACUAGUUAUCUGAUCCUUUGAGAAGAAAAAUAUUUACAAUAUAGGUUUAAUUUGGGAGAAAAUGAAGUUUCAAUUUACUUGCAUUAAACUCUGCUGUCAGAUGAUUGUGCUCAGACCGCCUGAAUGCCCUGAUUACAGGAACCUGAGAAUAAGAGGGUAUUUUGUUUUGAUACGCAACUCUGUCAUUGGCCAACACAACAUUUAACUGAACUUCCCAAGGCAAAUGGUAGUAGCGUCCUCAUUCAAAGAUGCCUUAAUCCAUCUCCCAGAACCGACCUAAGAUUGCAGUGGGAACAGUGGGCUUGCUCUGGCCACUGGCUUCCUGCCCAAGUCAUACAUUGUCAGAGAAUCUCAUGUUCCCUUUGGUGCAUUUUGAUAAUGGUGUCCGGGUUCUUUGGCAUCAGAGAAACCUUUUAGGAUCUUCAAGUUCCAUCAUAGAAAACUGAAACAGAAUUGUUAGGUUGAGUUCAGGGGACUUUGAUUGUUCCUUGCUGUUAAGGGAUUGCUUCUGUCUGCUGAUAACACCUCACCAAAAGAUCUGGCCUCAGACUGAUAUUGGAAAAAUAUCACUAGCAUUUGUUCUGUGUUAAAGAAUUGUGUUUUGCUUCCAAAACACCCACUCACUUUGCUAUAGCCAUGCAACAUGAAAGCAGAUGACACUGAUUUUAUGUGUUAUGAAAUUGGAAAAAGUAUUUAAUAAAACCUGUUAAUUUUUAUACUGACAAUAAAAUGUUUCUACAGAUAUUAAUGUUAACAAGACAAAAUAAAUGUCAUGCAGCUUAUUUUUUUAA